CCGAAAGCCAUGCAGCUUUCGUGGACAAACAAUUGAUGUAUGUUUUUAGAGUCUGAAAACAACACCCCUCUAUGUAUUUAAAUGACAGAUCUAAUGCUUUUAUAUUUUAUUGUUGUCUAUCUGUAUAGAAAAAUGUAGUUCGGGGUGCGGAAAGUGUCAAUAGGUUUUUGCAGCUUCUCGGUCGCGAAGAGCUCCGCUAGCUAGCGUUAGCCUCGAGUAAAAGUUAUCCACAGCUUGCGGCACGUAUUUAGGCUGCGGGCAAAAUCGGAAGAUGCCAGUAUACGAUCAUAACUACUUUGUCAGCGGACAGUGUUGAUCAUGGACCGAAAGACGAAGAGGCUGGAAAGUCAGCUGUGCAAAGCGGUGAACGAUGGAGAUCCCAGAUCUGUGCAGCUGCUUCUUUCACAAGGUGCGUGUCCUGACUUGGUGGGUAGUAAAGGGGUGGCUGCGAUACACUUGGCUGUUGGCAAAGAGACAGAGAAGAACACACGCUGCUUGAAAAUGUUACUGCAGUAUGGAGCGGACCCCAAUACCAGGUCAUCAGAGGGCCUAACUCCUCUUCACAUUGGUGCUCUGUGGGGAUGUUAUCAGAAUCUGAAAAUGCUCUUGAUGAACGGAGGGGACCCAAAUAUUAAAGAUAAUGAAGGGAAUACGCCAGGGCAGCUUGCAGAGCAACAGGAGAAUCGAAAAUGCGCCCUUCUCCUCCAGGAGUACCAGGCCAGCUCAGUGGACACAGAGGAGGAUGACCUGCCUCAAUUCCAAUAUUCUGUGUACUCAGACCAAGCGGACAUGUCCAGCUAUCCUGAAUCAGACUACAGCUUCAGUUCACACUCAUCUAUGAUAAGUGACUUUGGCGAAGCCCCUUUGAGUAGCACAAGGCGCUCAUCAUUUUUAAACCUAUCUAACAUUAAUGGGAGGCCAAGUUGCAGAGGAAUAUCCUAUAACAGACUUUCUGAUAUGGACACGAAGAGGCAUCACAGCCAGGACUGGAACAAUUCCUCUGCACGUUGGGCAUCUGAAGGUCCCUCCAUAUUAUCAAGCACCCGCAUGUCUGCAGUGGGACUUGCGGCUCCAUUGCCAGUUCUUAAGGAAUGUGAUUUAUUUACUGACGAUGAUGUGUUCACGUCAGAAGCAAAUGAACAUGCUGCUACAACUGAUGGCAGAAUCUGUUCCUCCAGAAGAGACACUGUUCAAGUGUUGCCCUCCAGGCAAGCGAGCCGCAAGAGCGUGAGCUUUUUGGAUGUAGAUGAAUAUUUCCCAGUCUUUGGUAUUGAAUCUCCCAAGCAGCAACCUGCUGUUGAUGGCAGCACCAGCAACUUACCCUUUGACCCCUCAGAGUACUCUGACUUCCUGGAUACAGAACGCAUGGCCACUGUUUUACAGAAACAGGGCAUUGACGUCACAUCACCGGACCAUGUUUAUGUUUUCUGCCGGGAUAGCAGUGAGAGCACAGAAGAGGACAUGGAGAAAACAGUCAUCAGUCGUUGUGCUUUGGAAGAGAGUGAUGAUGAACAGGAGGGGGAAAAUCCAAAAGAGGAUCAGGUGAAUAUACCUGAAGAGCCAGCACGUUCAUGUGGGGGCAGCAGUAGCAGUGGGACCACAAGUAGUCGUUACAGUAGCUGUGAUAGUGACCAUUACACCAGUGCUCUGGAUGCUUCCAUACACCACAGACAUGUUUUACUCCCUGCAGAAGAGGUGGCUUCUGUUGGGGCUAAAACUGGCAAAAACUUUGAGACUUCUAAAGACUCUGAUUCUGAAAUUACGAGGCGAGAUGGGAAUCUCACACCAGAUCAACCCCGUGUUGAUUCAAAACCUGAAGCUAUAGAACAUUUACCAGGUUUCCUUGAGAAACUGAACUUACAUGAAACAAACCACUUGAACAAUGAUGUUUUCGAUCCUAGUGGUCCUGUUGUGGAUACUACAAGCAAAGAUCGUAUUGAAAAGGUGGCUACAAAGGUAACAGCAGAGACCAGAUCAGAUGAUGCUGUUGAGGUAUUAGAGGGAGUAGCUGACCUUCCAUUCACACCCAGUCCUUUCGUAACUGGCAGGACUCGCUCAAGGUUGAGUCGCUGCUCGCUGAGAACAAGCAGAACGCCUGAGAGCCUCUUCCUUACGUCUUCUCUGUUUGAGGAGACCCUACCUACACCAGUUCGAACGCGCCGCCAGACGCCCAGAUCUCAGAGCAGCGAAGACUAUUACAGUUCACCACGUGCACCUUAUUAUACAUCAUCCUAUUCAGAGGGUAGCACAGAGACAGACUCCUUGCCUACUCAUUGCCCAGACACACAGUCCAGCACCCUGAGACCUGGUUCAAGUGUUAGCAAUAGCCAAGCGGAUACCCUCAUCCUCUCCAAGAGCGUAAAUGGCAGCACCACUGAAUCACAGACUUUAUCUGAUACAGUCGUACUGGAGAAAAAUCAGGACUGUUCAGCUGAUGCUUAUGAAAGGAACCUUGCUGAGAUUGCACUUGCUGUGCAAGGCCAAGACAGGGAUCUUACUGGAGGUGGGGAUUUUAUGACAGAUGAUCUGACAAGUACAGAUGACUCAACAACAAAGGGAAAUGUAAAUGAUGCCGCUGUUGGGAGCAGAGUUGACAGCCUAAAAAAUGAAGAUGUCUGGAUCACUGAGGAUUGUACCUCUCAACCGGACUCUGUGUCAUCUUCAUCCAGCUCCAGCUAUUUUUCCCCAAGGAGGUCCAGGGAAGACACUGACCUUCCGUGCACCCCGGGCACUGGAUGCACCCCAAGGUACAGCAUGAGCAGGCUGUCGAGCUGCCGCAGGCCACAGCACCUGGCUAACUUGUCUUACACACCUGGUGGGCGUCCGCACAUUGAGGACCUGGAUGAACCAGUGGAGUACCUCUACACUGAUACAGAACAGGGCCACAAGUUGAUUGAGACCCACGUCCCGCCUACAGCUAACACCUCACUCAGCUCCAGCAUGAGCACUACCAGCAGCGAGGAGACCAUCCUUUAUGAUUGGCGUUCCAUGCAGACUGAUAUGACAAGCAACACAGGAAAGGAGAACCAGAAGCCUCAGAUGGUGUCUCAGAAACAGGAAAAUGAUGAGGGUGAGGACAUUUUGGUGCCAGAGACAAAAGGGAUGACUGACAAGGAGCUGAGACUGAAGUUAGUGGAGCUGGGGGAGAGUCCAGGUCCUAUCAGCAGCCGCACCAGGCCCACCUACAUGCGAAGGCUGUGCCGCCUGUUGCAGUCAAACUCCCAAUCACCACGCCAUCAGAAGCAAUUAGACCAGCCACAAACAGAUUUAGGUUAUACUCCGGAAUUGUGUCAGGCUCUCCAGACCUUCAAGCUGCCAGAUUGCCAGGCUGACGAGCAGGCUCUGUGCCAGCAGUUUGACCAACCAGAUCAAAACAGAAAGUGGAGGGAGGGCAUCAUCAAGUCCAGCUUCAACUACCUGCUGCUCGACCCAAGAGUGACGAAAAAUCUUCCGUUCCGGAGUCACACCAUGACUCCACAGGAGUGUUUCCAGACGUUUAUCCACGCUAUAUUUUAUGUGGGCAAAGGAAAACGCUCCCGGCCCUACAGCCACCUGUAUGAGGCUUUAGAGUACUACAGAGGGGACAAGACCUCCAAGACAUUGUGCCGCAAAGUGCAGCACAUCCUUCAGGUGUGGAAGGCCGGACAGGGCGUCAUCUCUCUGCAUUGUUUCCAGAACGUCAUUCCCGUGGAGGCUUACACAAGAGAGGCCUGCAUGGUGGAGGCCAUCGGUUUGAAGAUGCUCACUAAUCAGAAGCGAGGGGAUUUCUAUGGCGUGGUGUCCAACUGGCAGGCGAAGCGUAAGCGGGAGCUGGGUGUCCAUCUGCUUUACCGGGCCAUGCAGAUCUUCCUGGCUGAGGGUGAGAGACAGCUCAGACCGGCAGAUAUCAGACAGUAGCGACCCCCACUGGAGAGAGGUAUGAACACCAGCAAAAGACCAGUGCACAGACGGGGAAAUACCACUAGUUAAAGCAGUCCUUGGUUAAACAAUUUUGCACUCAAAAGUUGGAUGGGGUUUUCAACACCAGGAUCCUUUGAGCUCUUACCUGGCAUUUAAUCCCUCCCACAGCAAAGUUACCUGUUUGUUACACACGUGACAUCCUCUGGUAAUAUUUACAUCUUUUGAAUGUGUCAGUGAAGAUCAUCUCGCUUUUUUUGCUAUUUUAAUGUCUACUUAAAGAUGACACUUUUAGAGAUUUGUUAAAAUCACUCCCUUAUUUCUCUUUCGCAUUAAUGUUGCUUUGUGUAUAUGCAUUAUGUGGAAUGGGGAUGCAUUUCCUCAAUACAGUGCCCAGAGGAAAAGAAAAACGUAAGGUGGAACAAUAUAAUUGCUGAAGAUGAUGAAGUCAAAAUUUUAACUGCAGGUCUUUCAGAAGUCACAACAAAUAAGCACAGCAAGUUAUUUUCCUAAAUCAUACUUCCCGGUGAGACACUUCUUCUCAUCUGCUGUAGUACUAAUGACUUUUUCAUAUUGAUCCACAACCAAAAUCAAAUAUCUUAUACAGUUUAAUCAAAUUAGCAGGUGCUAAAUUGCACAUAAACAAAACAUAAUGUCUUAAAAAGUGUUUUUCAAGCAGGCUGGGAGAGUGGUAUUUACAAACAAAGCUUGGUAGUUAAUCAGAUUACUCUUGUAAUGUAAAAAAAAAAAAAAACCUGGUGGUGAAUUUAUCAGAUGCCAGUUAGUGGUACUUAGUGUAAUGGGCUUCAUGAAUGAAUCAGCAAUGGAGUAUAGAGUUUUAGAAACGAUGUUUGUUAAAACGUGAUAACAUUCGUUUACAUGACUGGAUUUCCACUUCGUUAUUGUGCCAUUUUGUCAUUGUUAAUAAUGUUUAUAAAUGUACGAUCAGGCAUUUCGUAGAAACGGGUUGCUCGAAGUUGUCAGUAGUACAUCUGCACUUAGUUAGUAGCAGAACUAGUUAGUGUAGGAUGUUGACACUGGGGUUACAGCUGUCAGUCUUUUUUAGUUAGCUAUUAAAAUGCAAUGAAUCAGUCAAAGUAACAUCCAAUUUAAACAGUCUUUCCUUGAAAAAUUGUCUCACAGAUCCAUAUUUGUAACAUUAAUGAGCAGGGUGGUGGGCUUCAAAACCAUUCAUUAUCUCCUCAGGGAAUACACUUGAUCAGCUGUCUGUAAACUGCACGUGGUCUUUAUUUCACACAAAAGGCUUUAAGACUAACAAUUAAAAACAUAAAUUUGUAGAAUUUUAGAAAAGAAAAUAUUUUUUUACAUUCUCAGUCUCCUUGUUGGCAUGAGACCAUCGUACAGGGGGAGUAAAACACCUGAUCAUUAGCAUUAACUUUUAACUUUUUUUGCAUGGAAAUAAUUACCUCUAAUAAUUAAACUUUAAAACCAUUUUAAUAGUACACUGAUUAAACAUGUUGACACCUUUUCAGGUUUCAGGUUUUUCAGGGUUAUAAUUAUAAAGCCCCUUCAUUUUGAUUGAUGUUUGAUACGAUUUCUUGAUUGUCCAAACACUGUUAGUCGUGUAUAUAUGUAAUAAUUUCUGCGCACGUGUUCAUAAUGAAUUGCUUGCUUUUCAUUAUGAUCAGUAACUUCUGCUGUUACUGCUUUGUUUUCCCCCUUACUUUGCAUUUAUGUUAAAAAAAAAAAAUUACAGAAGACAUAAACCCGAUCUGAACCCUUUGGUCUUUUUAAUGUCCUGUACCUUGGUGUCCCUCUAGUGGACAAAAGAAGAAUUAAUUUUGCUUUCAAGUCUACGGAGAUUCUCUGCAUGCAGUAGGAAGAUCUUCACCACUAUGAUUCAUCAAAAUUAGUGUUUUUUUUUUUUUGUUAAUACUGCAAGCAGUUGUUUCAUGGAGAGCUAUAGGAUGUUUUUUAGACUCAUAUCCUUACUUGACAACAUCAAUAGUCAAAAAUUAAUUAAUUUUCACAACUUUUAAGUUCCUUGUAAUAUUUACCAUUUUGCCCAGAAGGGCUUCAGUUGCCUCAGUCCUAUAAAAAAAUACCAUUUAGGAGUUAAUUGUGUGCUUGUGCUGUAAUUAUUAUGCAAGACAAAGUUUUUCUUCUUGUUAAUAAAAGAUGCACAUCUAACUGAGGAACAGUGGCCUUCAGUUACCGCUAUCAUGACUCAUUCAGUUCCAUAGAUCUACAGCUUCUUGGAAGUGGUUAGCCAUAAUUUCCUUACAAACAUCAUCAUGGUUUAUACACUAAACACCAUGAAUGUCCUCUGUGCGUGUCUGGUGUCAACCUUGAGACUUUGUGACUUAACUGACACAUUAAAUUACAUGACUA